AUGAGCGAAAACGUUCAACAUUGUCUUAAUAACUUUACAGUUUACCAAAACUUUUUCUUGUUUCUUUUCAUCUCCGUAGAACCAAAACCGCUCGUCACAAUCGGCAGCUCAACCGAUUUAGACACUGAGAGCUUAGACGAAAUCAAUUUGAACACAAACAGCGACGAAACGCAAUCAGCAACCGACACCGCUGGGCUCAACGAUCCGAACGCAAACCAACUCUGGUCCGAGACGAACAAUCAGCCAUCCGAUUCAAUACUUACUCAGGCAGCGUCUUCCUUCUCUGCAUUGCCAUCGGUGGCUUCGAGUGUUUUAUCGACAUUUUCCAAACGAAUCUCUGAGUAUUCUGGCUCAAACAGUCGCGAAAGAACACCGACAAGUGACAACGGCACCUUAGCAUCACAGUUGGAUAUACAACCAACGUACUUGCAACAGCAAUUCCCGUCACCACCACAACAACAACAACAGCAACCAUCUGUUCAAAAACAAUAUCCGUACUAUAGCAACCUACAAGUAAACGCGCCACCUACAGUAGGGGCCGCCCAGCCUACUGGUAAUCCAGUACUCGAAGCAUCGGAGAGCCACGCAGCAUCACCACCAGAACCGCCCAAAUUCUACACACCCACGGAAUUUACAAAUCUGCCCACAGCUAAUGUACCGCCUCCACCGAUACCAGGUGGACAGAACACUUACCGUUUAGCGGCGAAGAAGAAGUUAUAUGCCCCCAUACCAGGACUAUCAGAACAACCAGCAGCCCCUGUUGCUCCGACCAUAGAUCCUUUAAGCUCGACAGCUCCUUUUCAGGGCGUACCACCGCUACCAACACAGACCACAUCGGUAACAGAUCCGUUUGGGUUUCCAACGCAGUCACUCAAGCAGGAAGAGCGUAAGACUGGUGGUCUCUUUGCAAACAUCAGCAAUCUGGUACCAAGUGGAGUGCUGCAAAAUAUCUCCGGUUUAGUACAAACAGCAGCAGAUACUUUUACGCAGGGCUCAAAUAAACAAUUCACUGAAGAGCAUUCACAACAACCAUACUACGGCUAUUCGGGUGCAUAUCAACAACUACCACUAGAGGUCGCAAGUGCUCCUGCAGGCCAAUAUUUUGCUACUAGCAUAGUGCCACCGCUGCCUUUCGCACCACAGUCCCACUCUGCCCUCUUAGAGGGAAACCCAUCGGCAUCUGAACUCUUUGCACCUAUACAGUUGCCACCUUCGCAACAAAGUGUUUCCCAAGGGCAAGCGCCAACAACACAGCAAACUUCAAAUUUAUUUGAACAGCGUCCGACACCGUCUCUGAGCCAGCCUGCGCCACCACCACCCACGUCGGGUUUUGUAGCUGCGCCACCGAAAAGCGUCCCGCCAGAGUCUAGCAAACAACGUCCAUCAGCCUCGACAACACCUAUUGCUUACUUUGAUCCCACAAAACAGACGUCUUCACUAGGUCCGCUAUUUGCGGGUGCGGAACAGCAAGAGGUCAACGCAGCACCACUCGCAGCCACUGGAAAGCCAUUUACACCAGCGGUGUUAUCGCCGCAAGAAAAUUAUCCAACAACAGCUACAGCGCCUUGUCCUUUAAACGAACCACAGAUACAGACCAAGCUUCUUACACCCGCAGAGGUGGUCCAGCAACCAUUUUCAACUGGUUUGCCAUUUAUCAAUCAAAAAGGUUUUGGUGCAAGUAACGCAGCACAUCUGCCACUAAUACCAGAAACAAGUAGCAAGGACGCUACAUGUCCUCCUCAAUCGACAAGUACUUUUUUACCACCGCCGACCCAACAAAUUGUUGUCGGUAAUCAGGCGCCUCUUCCUCCAACUACCGGCGGCUCGACUUCAUUUCGCUUGCAGAAGGGUACACGGCUCUAUAAGAGUCCUCUGACCACCGCGGAGACUGCGCCCGUCCACGUACAGCCGGAUAUAGUUCAGUCACUCGUACCACCUACAAGUUUAUUUAAUCCUUUUGGCUCGUCAGUGGCAGCAAGUGUGCCACAUCCUCUAGCUCCUUCUGCUACUCCAACUUUGGUGCCAAGUUAUUUCAUUGCUCAGCCAUCGCCCUAUUCGCCCGCAGUCAAGCAUUGGUUUUACAAGCGGCCGACGGGUAGCAACAAGUUCGUGUGGACACCAUUUAGUCACUAUGAUUCUGCUUUGUUAGAAACCACGUUAUCUAUGGGUGCCAAUUCUCCGAAUAUUGUCGCCGUCGAGGGUGGCCGCUAUGAUGUAAAUAUAAAGGAGCGUACCAAAACGGCUGUUUACUGGGAAUGUGCUCCCAUAGAGGUCAGACGUUGCUCAUGGUUCUAUAAAGGCACCGACUCCAAAAUGGUGCCUUAUGAAGAGUCAAUCGCUGAUCUACUUGAAUCCGAGUAUAAACAGGCAUUUGAUAGCGGAGAAUGGCAUAAGAAGAUCGUUUUGUCUAUGCAUGAGCAGGUGACAUUCCAUGGACCCACCGUUAUUGUACAUUUUCAGCAGCAACAGUCUACCGACGCUUGGGGCGGUACUUCACAAACAACAACACGACCUCGUGUGGUUAAGCGUGACCUUGACGAAUUCACAAUUGAACAGGGUGAAUCGGAGCGCGUCGAUCAUUUACUGCUGAUGGUACAUGGCAUUGGUUCGGCAUGCGAUUUGAAAAUGCGCAGCGUCGAUGAAGUUGUUGACGACUUUCGCAACAUUGCACAGGCUUUGGUUCAGUCACACUACAAAAAUUCAACUGAGAUGGGACUUGUAGGCCGCGUCGAAGUGCUGCCUAUUUCAUGGCAUAGCCACUUACAUUCAGAGGAAAUGGGCAUUGAUGAAAAACUGCGUUCAAUAACAUUGGAGUCAAUACCGAAAUUACGAAAUUUCACCAACGAUACACUGUUGGAUGUGCUCUUUUACACCAGUCCUAAAUAUUGUCAAAAGAUUAUGAACACAGUGGCUGCGUCUAUGAACGAAGUGUACAAUAAAUACCGCGAACGUCAUCCAGAAUUCAAUGGCGGUGUCUCAGUGGCAGGGCAUAGUUUGGGCUCGUUGAUACUUUUCGAUUUACUUUGUCACCAAAAAGCGCCGAAGGAAACCGAGGAACAGAAUUUAGAGAAUCCCGAUCAGCUCGGCACAAGCCCCAUGGACGUCAGCAAUGACGAUCUGAGCGUUACAAGCUAUACAAUGGGCCACGCUGGGACUGGUCAGCCAUUCAUACAUUAUCCACAGCUUAAUUUUGAACCGAAAAAAGUUUUCGCAUUGGGUUCGCCAAUCGGCAUGUUUGUCACCAUUCGCGGCAUUGAUAAGCUUGGCCUUGACUUUCGCCUGCCUACUUGUUCGGGCUUUUACAACAUAUUCCAUCCCUUCGAUCCAGUCGCUUAUCGCAUCGAAGCGCUGGUUAAUCCGGAUUUGAGCAAUGUGCGACCAGUACUGAUACCACAUCACAAGGGACGUAAACGUAUGCAUUUGGAGUUGAAAGAGACAAUGACUCGUGUGGGUGCUGACUUGAAACAACGGUUCUUGGAUACAUUCAAAAAUACGUUGGAAAGUGUUAAUUUUUUGGGAGGCUCGACGCGAACCAGCCGCGAUGCGGAGGAGAACAUGUCAAAGGAAGUUGAUAAGGUUUUAAGUAUGCAAAUAGAAGCAGAGAAACAACAAAAGCAAGCAGCAGUGCAGCCUAGUUUAUCCAGUGAGCCGGAUGCUGGCUCCACGCAAGCGAACACAGAACCGCCUCGUACACGUUCCGAUUCAGUGUCAACGUCGCAAUCUGAUUCCGAUUUGGUUGAAAUAGAUUUUCCUUUGGGUAAAUUGAAUGACUCCAAGCGCAUCGAUUAUGUUUUACAAGAAGCACCAUUGGAAUUCAUCAACGAGUACAUAUUCGCCAUGGGCGCGCAUGUUUGUUAUUGGGAAUCUGAAGACACGAUACUCUUUGUAAUGAAAGAAAUUUACACAGGACUGGGCAUUAGUCCGGAUAGCCAAGUGCCACAGCAGACAAUGACCAUAGAGCGGCCCAGCUCACAAAAUAGCAACACGCUAUCACCCAUCAAUGAGAAACGUUGAUAACCUGCGUAUAUAUGUACAUAGAUAUGUAUCCUGAAUUGAAAGCAAUUUUUCUCUGUAUUUAUUUGAUAGUAUAGAAGUGAGUCCUGGGCUCGAAUCGUAACAACCGUUCACGGAUCGACAACCAUACGAAAGAAAAUUACGUGAUACGUUCACAUACGAUAAUCCGAAAAAGGUGUUUUUACGUGACGAGUAAUACGAUAUCGUACGUGACGAUUCGAGUCCUGAUAGUUUAAAAGCAGGCACCUUAGUUGUUAAAGUCGCCAUUGCUAUAAUUCAGCACACAAGCUUCGCUUUAUCAUAAAUGUUUAUAUGUACGCCUGGAAAUAUGUAUUCAACAUAUAUGUUUGUGCACUGCGUCUAUUGUAUGAUGUGUAUGAAUUUGAGUCUUAUUAUAUAAUGGAAAAACUCUUAACAGAUUAAAACAAAUUUUUAUUAACGAAUCCAUAAUUUGUGUAAUGUUUAAGAUUUUUAUUUUAUGAUUACUAACACAGAUCUUUGUAUUAAUGCAAAUUUUGCUUUGAUUUAAUAAAAUAUAUACA